AUGGCUAACAAACUUCUUCCAGUGGAUGUACUUUUUACACUAAUGGGACUGUGUCUACAAGUAUUGGCCAAAAAUGGUAAGAUAAGAUAAACAUGGUCAAACAAUAAAUUAUCAAAAAAAAGUCGUUUUCGAAGCUCAUAGCGCAGCAAUCGUAGGUCGCCUAAACCGCCCGCUAGAUAAAUUGGCGCCAACCCUAUUUUCGGUAGGUUGACGAUAAUUAUUGAGUUUCUGAGACUGAUGUAAGGUGCAAGAAAACUUGCCGUGAACACAAAAUUGGCAUUGGAAACAAAAUAUUGCAUUUCAAGACAUAUAAGAGCUGUGACAAUGCAAGUCAUAUGCUUCUUCCUUAAUUUCAAGGUUGGAAGCAAAUAAAUUGAAUUAACUAGUGCCCUUAAAAUCAUAGUACACUGGAUUGCUUUCUUAUAGUCUCUUCUGACUGUUGAAAUGCACUAUUUUGUUGCUGUGAACCAACAUAAUCAAACAUUUCUAACUAACUCCAAUCUAAUACUUUCAUUGCACUAAAAUUUUGUUCAAACGCAGCCCCCAAAUCAAGUUCCAUUUUCAUAUUGUUUGUCUUAGCUUUCCAGAGAACUUAUUUCGCAGUUAUUUCGUCUCCACCGGAACAGUUAACCAGCGCGUCCAUUUCAGUCGGUAAUUACCGGUAACAACCCAAAUUUUGUGGUCUUUUUAAGAAUUAACAGUUUUUCAGCACCGUGUAGAAAAGACCUUACAGAGUACGUAUUGUACCCUUAACCCUGCAUGCCUCUAGUACAUGAUUGGGAAUCUCAGUCAAGUUUUAUAGUUUUACAAAUGAGUGGUUAAUACUGUUACACUUCUUGUGUAAUCUUGAUCGAUCGAUCAAUAUUACACAGGAAGUUACUUAUAAGUUUAUUUAGUCCCAAGUUCGAACUAGGCAUGUCGAUGUUUAAAUUUAUAUAGCCCUUUACUCUAUCAAUAAAAACUUAUACGAUAGAAAAAGAUAAACAAGAGUGAUGAUAAUCUUUCAUUAUUUAAAUAUUCAGAGCUUCAUAAUUCUAGUGUAGGCCGCCGACUUAUCAGCACCCACAGACGAAGCCAACAAAAUGCAGUUUUCACUCCUUCCUGUUUUGUUUUUGGUUUUUGCAUUAUUUUUAGCAACGACGACUAUAUUCAUCGGUAAGAGGUGUAUUAAGAUCGAAUUAGCUUUUUGGGUCUACUACAUUGUGGAUAAGGCGUAAAAUUUCCUUGGUUUUAGAUCUUAAAAUGUAUCUUUUUACCCUAGAAAUUUGGUUAAAUAACCUUCACGGUUUUUCUGUUGUUGUUGUUGUUGUUGUUUUGUUUUUUUCUUUCUUUUCCUAACUGUAUUUUAUACUCCAAAUAACCUAACUUGACAGUACAAUAAACUACAAUAUAAUUCAUUCGAAUUAUUUCAGUCAGUCUGAUUGCCUCAAAUCUCAAGUUUAAUCCCUCAUUACUACCUAACAUAACCUAGCAAUGACAAAAAUUGGAAGACUUUCCCGAUAUCCUGGAAAUAAGGUCAGUAUGAUAAUACUGAACACUGAUACUAAGAUGAUACUAACCACCCCUUUACUUCCAAUGCCCCUUCCCCAUCCUUUUAUCCCCUUUCCUAUUCGACCGAUGAGAUGCAUUCAUAUGUAAUAUAAUAUAAUACUUAUUACAUAUUAUAAUAUAAUACUUAUGACAUUCCUUUUUGUCAAGACCUGGAGAUUGUUUACGAUUGCUCCAUUUACACAUUUCAUAUGAAGUCCGAGAUUACCUGGGAAAAAAGCAAGAAUCUGUGUGAGCAAAGUGGUAGCAAGCUUGUUUCCAUGGAACGUUUAACGGCUGAGUUGAGCUUUCUGACAAAUUAUUCAGAAAUCUUUAAAAUGAACACUACUGAAUAUUACAUUGGAUUAAAAAUCUAUGGCCACAAGUGGGUAUGGAUAAGUGAUAACAGCAAAUUAGAGGAGACUGAAACGGGGAAAUUACCUUGGGCUACGGGUCAGCCAAUGGGUGAUGGAAAUUGCGCUAAAAUGUGGCGCACGAGCCCGUGGACUUAUGAAUAUGACGACGUUAAAUGCACGUCCAUAACGACCAACAUUGGAUAUAUCUGUGAAAGGCCGUUGAAAUCUUUGGAAUGUGGUACAAAUGGUCAGUCGUUAGAGAUAGUGAAUCAUAUGCACACCAUGCUUGCUUGCUCUAGUACCGUCCACCAAAUAAAAACUUAAUUAUGCACUAAUAAUAAGAUUAAACAGGAAAGCUCUUAAAAUCGGCGUUUAGUCUCGCUUGCUUGGAGACUAGAUAAGAAAUGAGGAGGUGAUUAAUUCUACACGAAACAGGAUUUACUCGCUAAAGGUUCUUCACCUCCUAGUUAUUUUAUCGACGGUCAAGUAUUUCAGGACAUUUACUUUUAUAUCGUAUUCGACGAAAUGUUUCUGAAUUGAUUUAGUACGCGUGUUAGCGACGACCGGAGUUACGUUUGCGGUCGCAGGUUAUACGAGUAUGUCGGUUACACGAAAAUUCUAAGGCCUCGAUUCGAGAGAAAUUACCUCACUGCCAAAGAUAAAAAAAACGUGACGAGAACAUGGCGCGUCAUUUCAAUCAUCGCCGAAAAUAAACCGCAUGCUCAGCACAAGACUCAUUUGCAUACAGUGACAGUUUGCGACACCCGAGCAGUUAGCCUUUUCAUAAUUAUAAUUCUCCUUUUUUUCCGACCACCGUAGAGUUCACGUAUUUCAAAGUAAUCAACGUUUUCAAGCAAUAGAAUUCGUGGACAGAACCGUUCCGGAAAAGCUCUAAACCUAAGCUUUCUUCGCAAACAUGCGUGGCUUCGGUCAAGCAACAAUUCUUAUUCCCAGUUUCCGCGGUCUCCGGUAGGAACGCCUGGGACAACAACCGUCGUUUUGUGCACUAAAUACGAAGAAAAAACGGCUGCAGAUCAUGAGUCUCGCUGCUUACGUAAGCGAGACUAAACAGUAGAAAGUCGUUCAUAUGCGCUCAUAGUAAAAUAUGUAGGCUUGACAGAACAAGAGAUUCAGUGGUUAGGAGUUCAAGAUGAGCCAUUUCUCCAAUCUGUUAUGGGAAACCGUCAACGUCAUACAGGCGACAAGUUUCAAGUUAACACAUUGAAAUGAACAAAGAUGAUCGUUACUCCCCCUUAAAAAUUCAAAACUUUUUAAGACAUAGAUACCACAUCGAUAAAACCCAAAACAGAGCUACCGGAGUAUUAGUUGUUGGUAUGUUUUUGCUGAUCGGGUAUUCUUAAGAUCCUACGUUCUGCAGCAUAAUCGUUUAUCGUGGUCCUUUUGCAGUUAUUAUUGAAAAGUUUCAACCCCGUUUAACGAAACACGAUUUGUGACGUCGUAUGGAGGAUGAAAUCAGGUGACGGCAUAAUGCAACACUGCUUCAACGCGUACGAUAAACUGUGUUAAAUUUUACUUUUUCACUAAACAAACCACAGGCAGCCGAAACUCACGUUAAGAGGGAAGGGUGUAAUGUAAUUUACAUACCAUAGGUGACCCGCCGGUAUCGCGUUACAGGCGACAGUUGAAAAUAUAAGAGCUUUGUAUGAGAAAUAUAUUACUGAGAUCUGCGAACACUAAAUAACGCUAAACCUUACUUUUUCUUAAAUGAAAUGAAUAAAAAAGAGUUACCUGCAAUGUAUUCCACUGCAUUUUGGUGUUUGAUUGUCGUUUACUGUUUUUUCUUUGGCUAUAUUGCGUAACCACUGUUACUCCUUUCAUAGAACGAAGUGAAGGCUGGUCACUUCGAUCGGUCGGGGUCCUGGACCAGUCGCAACAAGAAUGCCGUUUUUUUCGCCGAAAUUCAAAUCCACUGAAAACCUUUUCAGCUCCAGCCUAAAAGGGAAACCUCUUCUUCUUCUCUGGGAGAUCGGCUCGAAAAAAGAUCCCUAAUUUCCCCAUUAAAUCGAGCCAUUUUUGCCGGACGUCGAGGCACGUCUGGCUUUCGUCCAGUGCCUGUGACCACUGUUGCGCUUACCAACUAAUUUGCAUUAUGACAAUUAGCACUUACACGACGGAUGCCAGGGCGGAAAUGACACGUCAUCUAGGCUCUUGCACUGUGAAAAAGCGAGUGCUUGCACCUGUCCUGUAAGUGCUUAUUGUCAUAAUGCAAAUUAGUUGGUAAGCGCAACAGUGGUCACAGCCCGGGGAGGGUACUCCUUUAUAAGGGCUUAAUGGGGACGUGCGGCCAGCCAGGGUAUGUUUUUCGGGAUUUUUAUCUUAAACAGGGUAUCGAAUUCAUCAUUUUUUGUCUUAAUCAGGGUAUCGAUUUAUCAAUUUUUGUCUUAAACUGGAUAAAUGUCUUAAACAGGGUAUCAAAAAUCGGAAUUCUGUCGUAAACAGGGUAGGAAAAUCAGCGGUAUUUAUCUUAAACAGGGUCAGGGUAUGAGGGCCGCGCCGCACCUCCCUACCCAGGGAUAUAUCGAGUACACCGAUCUCCCAGAGAAGAAGAGGAUUCCGUCUUGGGCUGGAGCUGAAAAGUUUGCAGUGGAUUUGAAUUUCGGUGAAGAAACGGCAUUCUUGUUGCGACUGGUCUAGGACCACGACAGAUCGAAGUGACCAGCCUUCACUUCGUUCUAUGAAAAGAGUAACAGUGGUUAUGCAAUAUUAAUAAAGCAAAAAAAAAAACAGUAAAACGACAAACAGACACCAAAACGCAAUGGAAUACAUUGCAGGUAAGUCUUUUUUAUUUGUUUCAUUUAAGAAAAAGUAAGGUUUAGCGUUAUUUAGCGUUCGCAGAUCUCAGUAAUAUAUUUCUCAUACAAAGUCUCUUAUAUUUUCAAAGCUCGCCUGUAACGCGACACCAGCGCGUCACCUAUGGUAUGUAAAUUACAUUACACCCUUCCCUCGUAACGUGAGUUUGGGCCGCCUGUGAACAACCUUAUUUAAAAAAUUCAAAAUCUUAAUACACCGUCCUGAGAUACUCAUAAAUACUUUAUAAAUGAUUCAGUGUGCACAGUCUGGUCUUUAACCUGCUGGAUACAUUCAUUCAUUGUAUUUAGUUUUGAGAUAGCCUAUUCACAGACCCUCUAUUCUCUCUUCAAAGUCCGUCGAGCGCGGGUGAUAAAAUAUAAACCGUAGGGGCUUUAUUGACCACCAGCGCAAGGGGGUAGGGGUGGGGGGAAGAAGAAAAUAGACGGUAUGUAGAGUCUGGGAGCAACCGAAAUUUGCUUUUCCCAGGAAAAGCAAGUUACCAUUGGCUGAACGGCGAUUAUCCUGUCAUCAUCAUGUCAACGACUCAUCACGCUCGCGUAAUGCGAGUAGAAGCGUUAACCACGACACUUAAUUGUAAUUUGCAUAAGCAAAUAACAUCGAUUGAAAGCGCCGCUGACCUGUGAACCUGGCAUGGAGACAUAAUACAAGCUUGUGUUGGCCAUUUUGACCAUAAUUAUCUUUUGUAUCGAAGUGUAGACUAUGGAAAGCGUGCUUCGACUGUUUGCCACAAUUUUCAAGCAAAUACGUGCACAAAGAAAAGCAGUGUCAGGCUGUUUUUGGUUUACUGGAAAACGUGGAAUGUAGUUGCAUCACCAUUACAAAGUAUUAUCAAUGAUAAAGUAGAGGCCAUGAGAGUAGCCGGCAUUUCAGCCAUUGCAUUACCUUGCUGCGGAACCAUGAGGUGAUGAGUACAUUCUGUUUUUUAAAAACCGAAAGCUAUCAUCGUCGUGCUCGCUUUCUUAAAAGCUGGCUUUACUCUCUCUCUCUCAAAAAAAGAUUCUCUGUAGCUUUACGGGAACGGGAUGAUUACCCAGUAAUAUUGACGUAUAAACAGCACCCACAUAUCCUACAAUAAUUUGAUGGGCUUAUUUGUUUCGGCUUCGGACAGUCUUUUAGCCGGCUUUUUUGGCGUAGAAACACGACUCCGAGUGCCAUUGUUGUUUGAUUGUAAAAUACUUAAAACUCAGUACGGUAAACGCGGAGGUAAUAAUGAUGAGGCGUUGACAUGAGGGAGGGGCUUAAUAAACCUCAUUUUUUCCAAAGAUGUCUACAGACAUUCUUUAUUUUUCUUUCUCGCGCGCUCGCCGAUUUUUUCGAAAAGAACGAAAAGAAAAAUAAAACAUGUCUGUGUACAGGCUAGUUUUUAGAUGAACAGCUAAAGCCUUCCUUUAUUGUUACACGGCAGUGCACAGUCUCUUCUGCAUUGAUUAUGAAUGUACAGAUGCAGUUAAUUUACUGACAUCAUGUCGAAUCCAUGCAUUUGCUCGAUUUGUACUACAGAGCAUAGAACUUCGUCUAAGCAAUUCUCUUUUUAGAGAGGACAACUAAGUCACCAAAGCUGCCGAAAAGCACAGAACCUUCCCCAAUCGGUGGAUCAUCUGUUGAGACAGUUAUAAUGAAACGGUCCACAUCGUCUUCACAGAGUCAAUCUACGACCAAUGAUUUGAGGCCACAUUCAUUUAAGGGUUCUACGACAAUGGUAACGAAAGGUAUGCCAAUAAAACCAUAAAGCAAAUGUAGUACUUAGCAAUUCUGCUUACGGAUACAUGACUGUUUUCACGCCUCCUUUACUGGCUACCGUUUUAAACUGAGUAGUCGUUCCCGGGCAAAUGCAGUGACCCAAAUAACUGCAACAUUGAUCUUUUUUUGGUGAACAUACUAUUUGAUUUGUUCUCCAGGGCUGAGUUGCUCAAAGCAAGGUUAGCUUUAACCAUUGGUUAAGCAGUAUCAAAACCAAUACGUUGUCAAGGUAUUAAACGCUGGUUAACGCUAACCAUGCUUCGAGCAACUGGGCCCAGAUCUGCAGAUCAUCGGCAGUAUACAAACUGAACCAUUUCGUGUUAAUCCUGUAUUAAUGGUUGCCAAGAGGGGAUAAUUUCUUGCAUAGCUCAAUGUUUUGACAUUCGGCAACACUGCUAGUUAUUGCACGUCAAUGGCUUUUUUUUCCUCAUAUUGAAGCAUUAGAACCAACAAACAAUGCCAAAUCCUCAGUGGUUCAGCUGUUCAGUGUUAGAGAGUCAAGGACACUUCCCGAACCAACCUCAUUGGGAAAGUCCAUCAUGCCUAUGACAUAUGCAAAUCUUACAGAUUAGUUGUUAUUGUACUUAGCCGAAAGGGAGCAAAGUGGUUGGCCUUGUUUUCGUGUUUUUUUUUUUUUUUCGCACUUUUUCUCACAGAUCUAGCCAAGAUUUCAUUCCAACAAAAAAGGCUCAAUAGGUUUGAAAAAUUAAAAAAUGCUGGAUUUAGGGUUAUCGGGAAUUAAAAGCAAGGGUAAUAAUUUGUAAACUAGAACCGCUACGUGAAACUUACCGGGGCCCAGUGUGACACGGGAUUGCAUAGAUAUAGUUUGUCUCUCACACCCCUCCCCCCUCCUCUGUGGAGGCUAAUACUUAGUCUGAAUUAACUCAUGCAGAAGAAAAGCAACAAAAUGCAUGAGAAAGGAGGAUGUUUUUGCAAGUUUGUUCAGUGUUAUGACAGCUAACGGUCUGUGUUAUAGUAGUGUUUUUACACCGUGAUGUUAAUAAGUAAGAUCUGUAUAAGGUUUUUAUUUGUUUUUAAGCUUGUG